AUGGCGAAAAUAUCAGUGGAUGUGUUGUUGUUUUCGGUGAUGCUACUUGUCUCGAUGAUCUCGACGGCGGUUUUGGCCGAUGACUCUGCCGUGAGAAAUAACAAACACUAUCAGAACAAGCCUCUCGAAGUAUGCGUUAAAGCAGCUGUUGGUGCUCCUCAUGUUCUCGGCGACUGCCCGUUUAGCCAACGAGUUCUUCUUACCCUCGAGGAGAAGAGUGUUCCUUACAAACUUCAUCUCAUUAACCUCUCCCACAAACCCAAGUGGUUCUUAGACAUAAGUCCUCAAGGGAAAGUACCAGUGGCUAAGAUCGACGACAAGUGGGUGUCUGAUUCCGACGUCAUCGUCGGUAUUCUCGAGGAGAAGUAUCCUGAGCCAUCUCUCAAGACUCCUCCUCAGUUUGCCUCUGUUGGAUCAAACAUUUUCAGUACUUUUUCGACUUUCUUGAAGAGCAAAGACUCCAACGACGGAUCCGAAAAGGCGUUGCUUCAUGAGCUAGUAGCUUUGGAGAAUCAUCUCAAGACUCACCAUGGUCCUUUUAUCGCCGGGAAAAGAGUCACCGCGGUGGAUCUCAGCUUAGCACCAAAGCUUUACCAUCUCGAAGUCGCGCUUGGCCAUUUCAAAAGCUGGUCUGUCCCUAGGAGCUUGCCCCAUGUUCGUGACUACAUGAAAGCUCUGUUCUCUCUCGACUCUUUUAAGAAAACAAAGACCGAGGAAAAGUAUGUGAUCUCGGGUUGGAUUCCUAAGAUCAACCCUUGA